AUGCCGCCGCGUCUCAAUCUCUUCACCGCAAGAGCGGUUCCCGCUUUCUGCCAGCCUUCGACGGCCGCUGCCCGCCGCAGCAUCGCGACUAUUUGGAAUGCCAACCGGCCCUCGACCACCAAUGGCGUGAAAUCCGGCCUCUCAGCUUCGGCCCAGAUGACGAAGCGUUGGAACUCGUCCGGUAGCGAUGGAAAGGAAAAGUCAGAGGGCUUUAAGGGCCCGACCGAGGACCCUUUGCCCCAUGUUAGUGAAGAGGCCGCCGAGGUCAGCAAGAUUAUGGACAAGAGAUGCGAUGGCGGUGUCUCCAGCCCGGAACUGGAGCAGGGAACGCCUAUCUCUGAGAUCUUGCAGCGUGAUAAGAAUGCUCAAAAACAUGCCCCCAAGGUCAUGCAAGACCAAAUGAAGAAUCAGUCGGGCAAGCGCUCAUUCUCAACAUCUGCUCGUCGCAUGCAACCAGAGUUAGAAAAGUCGGCUGAUUUCGACGACGCUUCGGCUGCCCUUGUGGCGAACAUGGUUUCUCAGGUUAACGCGCAAGCUGCCGAGUUGCACCCUGGACUUAAAUUCGAUGCGCCCAGCAAGCCUUUGGGCAAGACCGAUAACUUCCGUUCCCGAUACGACGGGCUACUGGAGCAGCUCACAAAGCAGCUCAUGCGUGAUGGAAAGUUGUCCAGGGCUUACAAGGAUAUGUCGUUCAUUCUGGACCACCUGCGGACUUCGCCUCCACCCAACAGGAACCCGAGGCGACCUUUGCUUCCCGGCCCCCCUAACGCCCAGCUUCCUCUCAACCCUCUCCUCUACCUCACUCUCAUCAUCGACUCCGUUGCUCCCUUGGUCAAGAUCCGCCAACAGAAGGGUAUUGCUGGUGGUGGUGCAGCGGUGCAGAUCCCUGUGCCCCUCGCUCUCAGACAGCGUCGGCGGACGGCCAUUCGGUGGAUUAUCGACGCUUCGGACAAGCGUCGGGACAGCAACUUCGCUAUGAGAGUUGCACAGGAGCUGGUUUCCGUUGCGGAGGGCCGUAGUGGUGCGUGGGAUCGCAGGGAGAUGGUGCACAAGCUUGGUGUUGCAGGCCGACACCGUCAAAUCCACGAGUGCGAGUGCAUUGAACCGAUAUUUAAUUCAUUGCCGGUCUUGCCCCGCUCCUCCCUCGCAUUCUUUUUCUCGUCCGACACCGUGUCGUCGAAUGCCGUUGGCCGAUCUGUGGCACGCAUCGCUUCUGCGAGGGGUGCCUCCACGCACUACGAUAACACCGUAACCCCUCUCGAUCAUCAGGCUAUCGAACUCGUCGAAUUCCCCGAAUCCCUUCCUGUCACGACAUCGGCCAAGUCACACGAUCCGCGAUCUCGAGCCGUUGCGCACCACCCGGACAGUACCUUACACGGCACCGACGACGAGAAGAGGGUCCCCCGGCGCACCCAGCACAGAAGGCCGGAUAGAAUCAAGUUUUGGAUAGAAGCUCUCCAACGCUGCGCUUAUCACCACCAGCGCACCCCUUCGCCCAAGAUGAAGUUCUCACACAGCAUCCAGUUCAACGCGGUGCCGGAUUGGAGUGCCUAUUACCUCGCUUACAGCAACCUUAAGAAAUUGAUUUAUUCCCUAGAACAGGAAGCGCACCGCUCGACUGCUCAGAGCCAUCCCGAUGUUGAGUCAGCGCCGCUGCUCGAUAACACGCCGAACCCGGAUGCGAUCUUCCGUCGGGCUUUAGAUGCGGAGCUGGAGAAAAUCUGCUCUUUCUACCAAGUAAAGGAGGUGGAAGUGUUCAAGGAGGUCGAAGAUGUGGCCAGACUUGCGGAGGACUAUGUGUCCAGGGCCGACAGGGCAAAUAUCGACCCAAUGAGCGAGAACAUGAUUAAGGCAAGAACCAUGAGUUCCGGCUCGAGGAACCGACAGGAGCGGCGACGUAGCACGUUCAGCGACACGAUCGGAGAUGAAGACGAUGACGAUGAUGACGAUGCAGACAGUGACGAUGACCGUGCCGCGCCGACGGGUCAGAACCGACCUCGAUCGCAUGGGGCCGAAUCCAGUAAUCAUGACGGUAGUCGCACGGAGGAUAUGAGGGACUCGAGCGUCUGGGCGGCAGAUUCUAGGCUGCUAGGGUACCACGGCCAAUCUACGAGCCGUGCAGGCGCCCACGACGAGCAAAGCGCCGAUCCCACCGUGGUGGAUCUCUAUAACGAUGGUGUGUCGCUCAAGAAACAAGCUGUUACCGCCUACGUCUCCAUCUGUGGGCUCAAGUCGUACAUUCAGUUGAACAAGACGGGCUUCUCCAAGGCUCUGAAGAAGUAUGACAAGAUCAUGGACCGUAACUUGCGCCGGGAUUACAUGAACGCGGUUGUGGCUCCGGCCUACCCCUUUACGGAUUACACCAUGGAAAGGGUAGAUGAUCACAUCCACAAGAUCGAGGCUGUUUACGCUGAGGUGAUCACUACGGGCAACCUGCCUCUAGCCAAGCGUGAACUGCGACUGCAUCUGAGAGAGCAUGUUGUCUGGGAGAGGAACACCGUCUGGAGGGAGAUGAUCGGCAUCGAACGGAAAGCUCAGGCUGCUAACGUUGGUAUUCGUCGCACUCUACUUGGGGGAGACAACGAUCCAGCAGCCGCACGCCGCCAGGGUGACGAGCAAGAAACCAAAGGUACAGUGGUGAGGACGCCGAUUGGUGUCUACCACCUCCCUCAGUGGGUUUGCAGCUUGAGCUUCGGUACACUUGUCUUCAUCUUGGUUGUUUUUACGACUUUGCUUUCUGUUCCUAUCCUGGAAAAGCCGGAGCAACAGAAUUGUCUGGCUAUGCUUGUGUUUGUCAGUUUGCUAUGGGCUACUGAGGUCAUUCCUCUCUUCGUGACUUCGUUACUUAUCCCUUUCCUUGUCGUGAUGCUUCGUAUCAUGAAGUCCGAGGACAAGCCUCACCAGCGGCUGGGACCGAAGGAGGCCACCAGCGCCGCCUUUAGUGCCAUGUGGACGCCGGUAAUCAUGCUCUUACUCGGCGGGUUUACCAUUGCAGCAGCGUUGUCCAAGUACGAUAUUGCCCGUCGGAUGGCUAUGUUCGUGCUGAGCAAAGCGGGUUCCAAUCCCCGAGUGGUCCUUCUCACCAACAUGUUCGUGAGCAUGUUCUUGAGUAUGUGGAUCAGUAACGUCGCCUCCCCAGUCUUGUGCUAUUCGAUCAUCCAGCCGCUUUUGCGCAACCUGUCACCGGAUUCGAACUUCGCCAAGGCCCUUGUCCUUGGAAUCGCUCUGGCGGCCAACGUCGGGGGCGCCGCAUCGCCGAUCGCUUCUCCACAGAACAUCAUUGCACUUCAGAACAUGUAUCCGAGCAUCAGUUGGGGUACAUGGUUCUUCAUCUCCUUGCCUGUGUGUAUCAUCUCUAUCCUGCUGAUUUGGGUCCUUCUGUUGGUAAGUUUCCAUGUGGGUCAGGAUACGACCAUUGUUCCGAUUCGACCACUCAAGGACAAGUUCACGGGCGUGCAAUGGUUCAUCACCAUUGUGACUCUGUCGACCAUUGGCCUCUGGUGUGGCAGCCACCAACUCGAACAUAUCUUCGGCGACAUGGGCGUGAUCGCCAUCAUUCCCAUGGUUUUGUUCUUCGGCACUGGUAUCCUCAACAAGGAGGAUUUUAACAACUUUCUUUGGACCAUCAUCAUCCUUGCGGCGGGCGGACUCUGUCUUGGCAAGGCCGUCACAUCGUCUGGGCUUCUGCACACACUCGCCAAUGCUAUCCGGAUGCGCGUGGAGCAUCUGAGUCUUUACGGCGUGCUAAUCGUCUUCUCCGCCUUGAUUCUGGUCAUCGCUACCUUUAUCUCCCACACCGUUGCGGCGUUGAUCAUGCUCCCUCUGGUCCGCCAGAUCGGCGUCAGCAUGGCGGAUCCUCACCCCAACCUGCUCGUGAUGGCCAGCGCGUUGAUGUGCUCUGUGGCCAUGGCACUUCCCACCAGUGGCUUCCCCAAUAUGACCGCCAUCAUGACUGAAGUCCCGCAAACCGGUCAGCGGUACCUGCAAGUCCGGCACUUCUUUACGCGCGGUAUCCCGGCCAGUCUUAUGGCGUUUGUCGUGGUCGUGACGGUAGGCUAUGGGUUGAUGUACAUUGCGGGGUUGUAA